AUGAUGAAUAAAUGGAGCCCUACUUUCACCGCCCAAGGGCAAAUGGCCGGUCCAGGGAGGUGGCAGCGGGGGACCAUGCUCUGCAGCCGGGACACAACUCUCCUCGCCCUCGGCCUCCUGGCUGCAGGACUAAGCGUCCGCUGCUCGCCCGUGGAGCCCACAGCAACCGUCUCGCCCAUCUCCCUCUCGUCCGAGUCCGCCAACCCGACGGGGCCCUGGACCGUUCCCCCACCAAGCCCCACGGCGGUCACUCCGGCCCCCGGGCCCCCGGGGGGAUCGGCCACGUCCGCUUCUCCGGCUGCCGACUGGACGGCGGGGGACGGCCCCGGGGCCUCCUCCGGGACGGCCGCCUUGCCUGCCACCACGCCUGUCGCCACAUCCGCCGCCUCUGACCGGCCAGGGGAAGGCCUGACCCCCUCCGCCCCAUGGACGCCCACCAGCUCAGACCCUCGAGGGGCGUCUCUACAGCCCAGCCCAGGCCCCCCGUCCCCGUCGGACGCUUCCUCGGCCGGCUCUCAUCCCAGGCCGGCCUCCCCUUCCUCGUCGGCGUCGCCCGCUCCGGCCACCAGCUCCACAGGCCGAAACCCGACGGGGCGAGAACAUGCUGGACGCCUCCAGAGACCUUCAGGAGGCCCCACCUCAGCCCGAGAACCGACCCCCGAGCAGACAUCGCCGCCGGCGGGGCCCGGGCCUGAAGAGACGUCUCCCCCGCCAUCCGAGCCCCCCAAAGUGGCCCGUGAGCCCGAGGGGACGGAGCGGGCCUCGACCCCACCUGAGGUGAUCAUGGAGGAGGUCCGCCACGCGCUGAGUUCAGGGAGCAUCGCUGCCAUCACCGUGACCGUCAUUGCAGUGUCACUGCUGGUUUUUGGCGUGGCGACGUACCUGAAGAUCAGACACUCGUCGUACGGGCGGCUUCUGGAUGAGCACGGCUCCAACUCCUGGGGCAAUUACAACAACCCCCUGUACGAUGACUCCUAGCGGAGGAUCCGGCUCCGGCCUGGGGCAGCCGGCCCUCGGCCUCCGAGAGCUUGGCCCAGGAGAAUGAUGCCAAGGACCCGACGGGCCUCGACCGAGGCUCCCAACCCCGGGGGUCACUGCAGCUCGUGAUCUGCUCUUGUUUUCUCUCCCCGCCAUCGCUACUGCCGCUGCUGCCGCCGCCACCACUACCCCCACCCUGGCAGUCCCAGGCAGGGCCGCCCCGUAACGGUCAAUAAAAGCUGAACCCAGUGGAGACGGGGUUUCAGUGCCACAGCCGGGCCUCGCCGACCCCAGCCACCCCCAGAACGGCUGCCGAGGAGGGGCCCGGGGCUCCGGGGUCGGAGGCGUCUGAAAAUCCACGCUUCUCGGUUGCCCUUUCCAUCCUCGCUUCCCGGAAUUCCAGCGGAAGCUCCGAAGGGCCAUCUCAGCCUCCUCGGUUGCUUAGUGGAUGACCAUCGGAGUUCCUUCUCCGUGCAGGAGACUGGACUGAGCACCUCCUAAGCGCAGUACGCUGCCCCAUGUACCUAUUGUGUGCAGAGCACUGUACUAGAUGCCUAGGGCAUGCAGAGCACUAUACUGAACGCCUCCUGUGGGCAAAACUGUACUAGGCCCUUGGAAGGGUAUAAUAGAAAUAAAAUCUCUGGCCCCUGCUGUCAA